CGCUUUCCAUCGGUCCCUUCGUCAAUCGCCAUUAUAAGUCUAGACUGGUUCGUUUUACACACAGCCUCAUUCACAAACGGGGUGGACAAGUGUCCUUUUGUAGCGGUGGUUUUGUAUGUACGCUGCACUCGAACGGAUUUCCACCGAUUUAUAUGCAAGUCCGGGUGCGACUUGAGAAAGACGCUCAGACCCUUGCUCUCGCAUCCAUCACUUCAUAUUUGACUGGAUGACAUUUCUCCCUCUUACAUCUUCCUCGCAGCAUCGCCUACAUACAUACAUACAUACAUAUAUAUACUUGUCCCCUACCUACCUAAACUUGACAUCAGCCCCAGGCUGGACUGGCUGGGCAUCAACGGGCUUUUGUCAUUCUUCCUCUUUCGUUUUUAUCGAGCAUCAACAAACUCCGUCAGCUCGACACAUCUACAUACCUCUACCUUUACUGUAUCCGAGUCGCAUCAUUUCCGCCUGCUGUGAAUAUAUACAUACUACCUACUUACCCCUACGAUUCCACUCGACGUAUUUGUCAAGCAAUCACUCUUCACGCGCGUCGAAUCUGGACCGGACUAGAAAACCCGACAACAUUAAUUACAUUCAACAACAUCCAGACACCAACCGAACCAGACCCGAAACUGAAGUGAAGCGAAACAUAAGACAACGAUGCGCCUCCUCGAUCCAUCAUCAUCAUCAUCGUUGGUGGGAGUAGCAGCGCUCCUCUUUUUAUCUUCGCUACUACCCAACGGUCUCAACGGUGCAGAAGCAGCAAAGUCGGGUAAAGCUAAGGAUGCGGUUUUGCUUUCUAAUAUCCGCUCCCUAACCCUCCUUCCCAACUCCAAAACCACCGGCCGCCGCCUCCCCCCCAUCCCCCAACUGAAAUGCACCUCCUCCCGCACCCUCUGCGCCCUCGCCUCCCCGCACAUCUCCCUCAUGCGCUGCGUAAACCAAGGCCCCCGCUACGACAAGGAAGACAUCCAAUGGUCUUGCACCGUUCCCUCCUUACCUACUACUCUCCAGCUGGGCUCCACGGACGUGAUUUGCGAAGGGUAUGAUGGCCCCGAAGACGACUAUGUCUUGAAGGGUAGUUGUGGGGUUGAGUAUACCCUUGCGUUGACGGAGGAGGGGAGGAGGAAGUAUGGACAUGGAAAUGGAAAUGGAAAUGGAAAUGGGGGAUGGGAAGAAGGGGAAGAAGGGGAAAACAAGUGGGCGGGGUAUUUGUUUGGGGUGUUGUUUGUGGGUGUGUUGGGAUGGAUCGUGUAUAGUGCUUGUGUGCAGGCUGGUGGUGUGAAUCGAGGGGUUCCUGGGGCGGAGGGACAGAGGAGAGGGUGGGGAGGAGGAGGAGGAGGAGGAGGACCUGGUGGAGGAGGGGAUUGGAAUGAUCCGCCGCCACCGUACCCUGGAUCCAAUGGAUAUGGCAACAAGCCGAGUGGAAGUCAGCAGCAAUCGGGACAGCAACAGCAGCAGCAGCAAGGAUGGAGACCAGGGUUCUGGUCGGGACUAGCGGGUGGUGCGGCGGCUGGGUAUCUAGCUGGACAGAGGGGAAGGGGGAGAGAAGAGUAUGAUAAUCGCAAUAGGGGGUAUAAUUACGGAAGCACAUGGGGUUCGUCGUCGGGGUCGAGGAACAGGAGUUGGGGAUCGUCUUCUUCGUCACGGAGCUAUUCGGGUGGGGAUAACGGUGGCAGUUCAGGGACGACGACUCAUGAAAGUACCGGGUUCGGAUCGACGAGUCGCCGCUAAAUAUUCAGGGAUGGCUUGGUUGGAUGAAUGAUAAUAAUGUAUUCACAUACUGACGCCACAAACCAAAUACAUACAUACACGAUGCAGAAAGGGUAACGACAUAAUGUUUGCGCGAGCG